AAAUAUGUUGGCCAUCAAUUUCCCAGCAGCAAACAGUAAUGGAGCGUUUCCAAGCGAGCCGGCCGAAUGCAUUUCCUUUCGUAGUUGGCUGUUUGGAUGGGACACAUUUUAAAAUAAACACACCGAAGAAGGAUGCAAUUAGCUACUAUGACCGAAAGGGGAACUAUUCCAUUAUUAUGCAGGGCAUAUGCGACAGCACAUUUCGUUUCUUGGAUGUUUUCAUCGGAUACCCAGGGAGCUGCCAUGACGCCAACGUAUGGAAAAAUAGUCCGAUAUACAAAGGAAUUACGUCUGGAGAGAUACAACUUGCAAAAGAUGCUAUAAUUUUAGCUGACUCAGCUUAUCCUCUUAUGAAAUAUUUGAUCGCGCCUUAUAGAGAUAAUGGACAUCUGUUGAGAGAGGAGAAACAAUUUAAUUAUUAUUUAAGUUCAACUCGAGUAUUCAUAGAACAAGCUUUUGGGAUUUUGAGGGGAAAGUUCAAAAUUUUAAAUCAUAUUGAUAUUCAAAAUAUGGAAGAUGUAUCAAAAGUAGUAUUAGCUUGAGUAAUUCUGCAUAAUUUAAUAAUGCGGAACAAUUUUAAUGAUCCUGAAGUCAAUUAUCUAUUGGAAAAUUUGGAAACACAUAAUGAAAACGAUGCUGAAACGCCUGACAACAUAAAUGAUACUAACGAAGGUAUUAUCAGAAGAAAUAAUUUAAAAAUGUUGUUUGUUUCUUAAAUUAUAUAUUUUUUAAUA